UGCAUACACAAUAUUCUCGUAUCAUAUCGUCGUCGUCUUGGUCGUCUUUGGUCUUCGUAUUCAACCGUCAACGUUGUUGUCGUCGUCGCCUUUGUCGCUCUUGUGCAUUUCGCAUUGCGAAUUGGUCGGUGCUGCCCUCUUUUCUUUUUUGGUUUUGAUGUUUGUUUGUUGAUUUUUUUUUGGUGAAAAGUGCAUUGGGUCGUGUAAUUCGUUACUUUUGCGAAUUUCGAUUUUUUUUCUGUUGUUUUCCUUAUUUUCACCGAAUUUUUUGUGAAAAAAAAUUUCGGUUGAUUUUAUUUUAAGAAAAUAGAGGAAAUAUUAAAAAAAAAAAAAAUUAUUCACCAUGGCCUCAUCAUUAUCAAAGUGUUUCGAUAAUAAAAAGUGCAAUUACCAUUUUGUGGUAUCGUUAUUUUGUUGUUUUCAAAUGUUAUUUCUAUUAGUUAAUGCGAAAAAUUUGGAUUUGGAUUCAUCUGCUGCAUCAUCAGGUGCUUCAGGUCAUCAUCAUUUACAUGCUGAUUCGAAUAAGGAUACGAUACGUGAGGCAUGCAAUUCGGUUAGCGGAUAUUUUGAGUCGAUUGAUGUUAAAAUUGAUGGGAAUUAUGAUUUAAGAGGACCAAUAUGUGGUGGCCACUGUUGUUCAAAUGCCACCGAAACCGAACUGAAAUUAAAAUCAACGACUGAUUUUGAGCGAUUAUUGCAUCACCAUACAAAAAGUUUGCGAGGCAUUCUAGAAUCAACGUCCAGCUCAUUUCGAAAUCAUGUGCUGGAAUUGGCGGAACAGUCAGAAAAUAAGACAUUAAAUGUCUUCUCACAGGUAUAUCGAAGAAUGUUGCCGCUGUCGAGGAAACUCAUUCAACAAUUGUAUUCGGAAAUAACGAGAUACCUUAACUCAACAUCCGAUGUCAGUCAAUUGGAAACAGCAGUGCAUACAUUUUUCGUUGAUCUUUUUCCCGUUGCAUAUCACCAAGCGGUUCAUUUAAAUAAGAACAAUUAUGGUGACCUCCAUGAAGAUUAUGUCUCCUGCUUAAAACACACCUUCGAUGAUUUGCAACCAUUUGGCAAAAUACCCAAAGAGCUGAGCAAAAAUCUACUACAAAGUGUUACCACAGCGACUGUUUUUAUAAAUGCCCUCGAGCAAAGUGCAUCUGUGCUAGCUAGUACCGAUGAGCUGGACUCUAUGUACCUAACACAAACUUGCCAAAAACAAUUGCUCAAAAUGAGCUAUUGUCCCAGUUGUAUUGGCCUGCAGAAAAAGCAGGUUAAAUCCUGCUAUAGCUAUUGUUUCAACGUAAUGAGGGGUUGUUUGACACAGUACGUGGGUGUGCUCGAUAGUCCUUGGUCAAAUGUUGCCGAAGCAAUUGAGAAUUUGGUCACAACAUACAUUCAGUCAGAUAGCGGGAUUGUGAAUACAAUCAAGAUGUUGGAUUCAAAGCUGUCAGAGACGAUAAUGCUUGCCAUGGAAAAUGGCCCGGAACUAGAAAGAAAGGUGAAAAAAACAUGUGGAACUCCAAAACUAUUGCCCACCAAAGAAGAACCAGUUGCUGAAAUUCGUGCUGGACAACAAGGUAGCAUAAAAUGGGCAACACCACCAGAUGCAGAACUUCUUAAAUUUCUAUCCACAAUUGAAAAGUCCAAGGAAUUUUACUCGAGAAUAGUCAAUAAUGUCUGCGAGGAUGAAGAUGUCCAAAGAAACGAUCGACACUGCUGGACCGGUGAUCGAAUCGGUGAUUAUAAUCAAGUAGCAAUGACCAGCGGUCUAGAUGCACAAAAAUAUAACCCAGAAGUGCCGCUUGUGCAGCAUUCGUAUGCCCAGUCAACAAAACUGAACGAAUUGGUUGAUAAAUUAAUUAAAAUUCGCUCAUCAAUUGGCAGUGCGAUUCCUUCAACUGCACGAUCAUACUCAGAUAUUCAAAGUGACAUGGCCAGACAUGACGAAGACGGUUCUGGUCAUUUGCCAGACGAUAAUGAUGAUGAAGAGGACAGUUUGCAUGGAUCGGGCGAUGGAUCUGGCGAUGGUGGCAGCCCUGCACAAUCGCCCGAAGAGCCAGUCAGUCCACGUAGCGACGAUGUCAAUGAAAAGACAUCAUCAUCAACAAAUCUUAGAAUAGAAAAUCUUCCAAUUAUCCUAGUCUUAGUAAUAUUUGCAUCCAGUCGGUGUUUCUCAUGGCGCUGAGAAUUUAAUAAUCGACUAUAAAAAUCUUUUAUUUUUGCAAACAAAUAAAAAUUUAAAAAAAAAUAAAACAAAAUAAAAAUUUAUAAUAAAUAAAUAUAACUAAAUAUUAAAAAAAUAAACUAAAGAAAAGGAUUAAAAAAAAACAAAAUUUUCAACAAAAAAAAGAACGAAUAAGAACAUUGGCAAAGCAAUAAAAUUGCCAAACGCGUUAACAAAUGCAUCUGGUAUAUCAAUAUACAUUAUAAAUAUAUAAAUAGAAGCCUUAGAGGAUGUUUCUGUAGAAAAGCUAGUUAAAAUCAGAAAAGAAAAAAAAAUGCAAUAGAAACACCGAUACGAACAUAAAAAACAAAUUUAUAUAAAAAUAAAAAUUAUAAACAAAAAAAAAA